AUGAGCUUCGGAGAUCAGAAUCCGACGUUUGACGAGCUGAUGGAAGUUGUGGAGAAACAGCAGGAAGUAAUCGAGAUAUGCGAGCAGCAAAUGGAGGCGAGCCGGAUGGAAUCCCGGAAAUUGGCCGAAGAGGGAGAGAAGAAAAGCGAGAUUAUCCGGAUUCUGGAGGAAGCCGGCGAUCUGUUGAGAGCAGAGAUCGACGCAUUAAAAGUGAGGACAGAAAGUGUUUAUAGUUUAGAGAGUGUGACGUAUUGUUUUGGUUCUGAGCAGAAAUAAAUAAACAAACAACAAUAGGAUGAUUACAGAGCGAGAACAAACAGUUGGAGCAACGGAAAAAGGAGGAAAAGGACGGGAAGGGAACGGAGAGCGAACUGGGAACUGUCGGAGAAAUGCGAAUGAGAUGCAAAGAGGUAACUCAAGUUUUUCAGAUUAUAUUGUUGCAAUUGUGGAAUUUCUUGAAAAUAUUAAGCAAAUUUUGGUUUUUGUGACCGAAUUGGAAAAUUUCUCUCAGACCGAAACUCUGCAGACUGCGGGUCAAGAAUCUUGCGAGUUUCAAACCAGUUUGCCCAGUCCCUUGCAAAUCUAGAGUUUCUGGUUAUCUGAAGCUGAGAAAUUAUUGGUCGAACCCUCUUUUUGAAGCAGCAACUUUUACAGUUGAACUACGAACUGGAGCGGCUGAAAACGCGUCAGUCGUCGCUUGAAGUGGAACUGGAGACCGAAAAGAAGAACCACGGAUUUGCGCGAUCCGAACUGGAAGAGGAGAAACGGCUGAGAUCGGAGGAAAAGAAGCAGGCGAACGAGGCGAUCGAAUCGAUGAGAACGGAAAUGCGAGAGAAUUGGCAUAAGCAGCAGGAGACGUUGUCGACGAAUCAGAUGGAAAUUGCGAGAAUGAGGACCGAGUUGGAGAUAAAAGAGCAACGGGAGAAGCAGUUGGAAAGGCACUACGAGGAUAUAAUGGACGAAAUCACGGAGACGCGGAAGGAGAAAGCUUCGGCGAUGGCCAGGAACACGGCGAUGUCGGCCGAGAAUGCAGAGUUACGGGCCAAAAUUCAGCAGUUGAGAGUGAAAUUGCCACGUAGUGAGCAUGAUCUAGAGGAUAUGAGCAAGUUGCUCGCAGAUCAGAGCCAUCUGAUUUCCGCGUUGAGAGAGGAAGUGAAGUUGUUGGCGAGGAAGUUGGAGUCCGACGCAAGGGACCACAGGUUAGAAGGGAGGGAGCGGUUACGGUACUCAUCUUUCCAUUUCCAGACAAAGUAUCAAAGUACUGAGACACGAGAAGCGGGAGCUAGAGGCCAGAAUCGAAAACUUUUUACAUGUUGAAUAA